GCUGGCCUGAAAGAUGGAGAUGUAACGUCUUCCCUCCUCCGGAAAGAGACAGAGAGAGGGCAGAAAUGAAGAAUUCACCGGGCAGAGGAAGCCAGGGGAAAAUACAGGAUGCGGGGAGAUAGGCAACAGGAGUCACAGCAUCAGGCAGCAUGAUAACACCCGCCGUGGCGCCCUGCAAGCAGGGUCUCUGCCAAAAUUUCUUCCAUCUCCCCGUUUGAAAGAACAGCCUUGGGAGAGAGAGCUUGGUGUGGAGCCAACCAUUGCUGAGCUGAGGCUUGUCGCCCAACGCCUCUCGGCUCGUGUGGCCCGUUAGACUGGUGUUGCACGCUCGGGCAGAGAGAUGGGUUCAAGACACAAACAGCCAUGGUGGAUGAUGGCUAGGCCCCAGCACUAAAGAGGCUGGAACAAGUAUAAAGGAUGCCUUGGUUCCGCCGUUUCCUGUCGAAUACUUUUCGACUUUCUAUCAUUAUUCAUGCUGGCUGACACUGUGGCGCGGCAUUUUUAUUAACUUCGCCAGUAACUUACCCCUUGUUCUGAAAAUUAUAUAUGAGGAAGCUGUCUUCUACGAUACAUACAUAAUAAGUGAUCUUAUUAAUCUUCCUGUCUCAAAGUCAAAAACUAGCAACCAUGUCCCGCCGCCCAAAUCACCUACUACCAAAAUGCGGGUGUUGGUAUUCGGCAUCCGGAACGCGCCAAUACAUCCCCCAAGUCGACCUCAAAGCACAUUCCACCAUACUGUCGACGUCUUCCAGGACAACCUUGACCCAGACUUUCAUUAAUCCCACAUCAGGAGAAUUAGGAGAUGUCAAGUAUACUUUCCCUUUGCACGAUGGCGUCAGCGUUGUGGGUUUUAAGUGUGAAAUUGACAAUCGAGUCAUCCAUGGGCUCGUGAAGGAACGGCAGGAGGCUAAGCUCGAAUACCAGGACGCUGUCAAAAAAGGCCAGGCCGCAGCCCUGUUGGAGCAGUCCGCCCUGGCGUCUGACACUUUCACCACUAGCAUAGGCAAAAUCCCCGUGGGUUCCAAAGCAGUUGUGCAGAUUACUUACCUGGGCGAGUUGCAGCAUGACUCUCAAGCGGAUGGUGUCCGUUUCAGUAUUCCAGCCAUCAUCUGCCCCCGCUAUGCAAAUUCUUCUGUAGACACUGGUGAAUUGAGCCAAUCCCUGGCCAGCUUUGUAAAGAAGGGUGCCAUCAAUAUCACGGUAGACGUUUCAGUGGACAGAGGAUCCACCAUCCGCGGCCUGCAUUCUCCAACUCACCCCGUUGCAAUCACGCUGGGCCGGACAUCAGUUGCUGCCCAAGACUUGUUUGAACCAAAUCUCGCUUCUGCGGCACACACUAUGCAGCAAGGAAAUGCAUUUUUCGAUACGGACUUUGUGUUGAUCGUCAAUGCAAAAGAUCAGGAUGUACCAAGCGCAUUUGUGGAGAAACACCCGACUAUUCCCAACCAGCGAGCUGUGAUGGCAACACUCGUUCCCAAGUUCAACAUCCCGAAUAAUAACCCGGAAAUCGUUUUCAUCAUUGAUCGAAGUGGGAGUAUGACAGGAAAUAUUAAGACCCUUCAAUCAGCAUUGAGAGUUUUCCUCAAAUCCCUUCCAGUCGGUGUCAAGUUUAAUAUUUGCUCUUUUGGCUCGCGCCAUUCCUUCAUGUGGAACAAAAGUAAAACAUACGAUGCUUCCUCCCUAAAGGCGGCCCUUCAGUACGUGGAUUCGAUAGCUGCGGAUUUCGGAGGGACAGAGAUGCUCGAGCCUGUGAAGGCUACGGUGAAAAAUCGUCUCAAGGACCUGGAUUUGGAUGUUCUGUUACUCUCGGACGGUGAAAUUUGGGACCAGAAAACGCUCUUUGCCUACCUUAACGAAGUGGUGUCUGAGCAGCCCAUUCGACUGUUCAGCUUGGGUAUCGGCAGUGGCGCAUCCCAAUCCCUUAUCGAGGGCAUUGCAAGAGCUGGUGAUGGGUUCGCACAGUUCGUUGGCGAUAACGAACAACUGGACAAAAAGGUUGUCCGCAUGUUGAAGGGAGCCUUGACGCCUCAUAUUAAGGAUUAUACUGCUGAAAUUGUUUAUGAGAAUGAUGGGGGAGAGGAUUUCGAGCUUAUCGAGAAACCAAACGCAAUUCCCACCGGAGAGAACUUUGGUCGUCCCGCAGAGCGUUCAGCCGAACCCAUAGAGGUGGACUCACAGAAAGAAACCCCACAAUCGAAGGAACCGAUCUCGCUGUUCGACCCUUCCUAUCAGGAGCCUGACAUCAAAUCCAUCACUGUCCCCCUUGACGCUAAUCUCCCUAAACUACAGCCUCCCAAGGUUCUCCAGGCGCCUUACAAAAUACCUACGCUCUACCCAUUUACGAGGACCACUGUUUAUUUCCUUCUGUCUCCGGACGCUCCUAGUGCAGCCCUCAAAUCACUCGUUCUCAGGGCCACUUCGAAACACGGCCCUUUGAUGUUGAAAAUUCCGCUAGAGGAUAUUGGCCAAGGCACAAAGCUUCAUCAACUGGCUGCGCGGAAAGUGACACUUGAACUAGAAGAAGGCCGAGGGUGGAUAUACCAUACGAAGAACGAGAAGGGGCAGCUAAUUGUCAACGAGCAUGAAAGCAAAAAGGAGGAUAUUGUGAAGCGCGAAGCUGUUCGACUCGGGAUUCAGUUUCAAGUGGCUGGGAAAUAUUGCUCCUUUGUCGCUGUGGAGUCAACCACGGAUGGGGGCAAGGCGGACAAGAAGGCAGAAGCAGGACUGCCAGGUAUUCGCAAUCAUCCUAUUUCUGAAACUGCUGGCGACCGGGAUCAUACAGACGAUGAGGAGUCGUCUGACGGCGAUACAGGUUUUGUCAUGGAUUAUGACCAGGAGGAGUACACAGAGGAGCUUUGUACUAUGCCUCGUUAUUCCACUAUGUGUAUGUCUGAUUCACCUUUGGGAGAACCCUUAGCUUCUGGUGGUUUCGGGUCUCCUUUCUCUACAUCUAGCUCUUCCCAUACACAAUCACGUUUUGCCGCCCCUCCUCAAUCUGCCUCUACGCGUUUAUUUGGAUCAGCUCCUCCGCCUCCAGGGCAAGCAACCAGCUCACCUUUCGGCCCACCAGCCGUGUCAACCUCAUCCGGUAUUGAUAUUCCACUCAAACGUGGCGAGCGACUGGACGGCAUAGUGAGCAAAAGUGACGAUUUGGCCAAGUCAGCAAACGUUUUCGCCAGGAAAAGAUCCAGCGUGGUACCAUCGGCGAAACAAAAGCUGGCAAGAUUCUUUAAGUCAGAGUCCGAACCUAAAGAGUCAAAGUCGCCGCAGGAUAAGGUCCACGCCUUGAUAUCGCAUCAGUCCUUCGAGGGAUCAUGGAUGUGGGAAGACAAUGUAUUUGCGAUCAUGGAUCUCAACGCGUCGGAAGCCGAAAAGAAACUAGAUUGGGCAGCCAUAUUGGGAAAACAAUCUGGAGUCGGCAGCAAGGAUACAAAGCAGAGAUCUAUUGUUGCGACACUUGUUGUCUUAGCGUAUUUGAAGAAGAAGUGUCUGGACGAGAAGGAUACCUGGGAACUUGUCGGGGACAAGGCCAUGGGCUGGGCUGUUGAGAGGAUCAAGGAGAUUGGAGGCAAUGCAGGCCAGGGGUCUGAUGAGCUUUUGAGACUGUUUGAUGGUCUAUUUUGAGGGAAGGAUUUUUUUUACUGAUGGUUCUUUCAAUCUGGACACUAUUUUCUUCGCUCACUGAUAAUCAUGAGUGCUUCUAUACUUAUAUAUGCAUAGGGCGAUAAUAAUUUGUUGAUACGUCGAGCAAGGUCCCUUAAUUGAGAGAGAGCUGGCUUUCCUGGUAAUUUGAUAUUGGGCGGAAUGCCUGGGCGCGGAAGUCACAGCCAGCGCUGAACGUUUUGGAUGUUAUCACGUAAUUUAAUAUACUACAGGCCAACAGCAUUUAUCACAGGUAGUUAGCUAGCUUAAGUCAAGUUUGCCUUGCCAUUGGAAACCCUUGGAAAUGCUCUGUUUCGCGUCAUAUUGCGAGGAUGUACUGCUGCUAUUUUCAGAAACGGUGCUGGAGCAUCUUUGUUUCUUCUCAAGCUCAACCAUGGGUAUCCCUUGAACGGGGGGGAGAGUCGGCAGAACCCCGGAGAGCUCAAGUAGCUUUCACGGAAUACCAGAGAUGGAUUGCCCUCAUCCUAGAUACUAGGGAGGUUGAUCCAGGAGGGAAACUGAGGGGGAAUUUCCGUGGGUUGAGUUGUUUGGUUUAUGAAAUUUACCAAUAUGGUGAGGUGUUCUUCUUGCUUGAGUUGA